ACGUUGCCGCAGAAACUAUGCCGGCGUGUUUCAGCCGUUCGACUUACAGUUUUCCCCACCCUACCCAUCACUUCUAAUACUCAACCUCUGAUCCAGCAGAAAUUUCCCUUCUUUUCGAUCUAGUUUUCCACUUCCCAAUGCCUCGUCGAGCAAGGCAAAUGCAUUCAUAGUUUCGUACGUGGCCUAAUCAUUCCUUCUCUCUCUCUCUCUCUCUCUCUCUCUCUCUCUCUCUCUCUCUCUCACAUUUAUCAGUAAGUCGAGGAGGAAAACUUGGUUCUUAUCCUUCGUGCCUGACCUCUCCUGGGGAGAAACACCUCUUCUCGUGGCUGUCUCUCUUGAUCUCUCCCAGGGUCAUUCUUCUGCAUGCAUGGAGAUUUCCAACGCUCGCCAUCAGGUAACAAUGACGAACACCAGGCCCAAAAACCCUUUACAGUAUCCAAUAAGCUAUCUUUUUCUUCUUGUAAAUGAAUAAACUAGGUUAAUCUAGCUUCUCCUCCCCAGAGAGUAUCCUCCUGUCUAACUCUUCCUACUUGAUCCAUGUAAAAGUUUGCUUCCUUUAUGUUGGAUCUAUAUGGUAUCAUGUUAUUUUUCUCAAUCUUAUGAAUAAAGAUUGUUAUACUGAGCUGAAAUUUCUAUGGCUACUCUAUGACGUGAUCCACAGUUUUGCUGAUAGAAGUGGCGAUUCCUACACCUAUAUUUCUUUUGAAUCUUCCCUGUGUGGCGGCCAUCACCUCUUUCAAAGAGAUCUGUUGCUACUGAACCACAGGCAAUGGCUAGCCAUGGAUUGACUCAGCAGCAACAGGAUAGGAAGCUCACGCCUCAUCCGGAGCAAGCCCUGAAGUGCCCCAGGUGUGCCUCCACCAACACCAAGUUCUGUUACUACAACAACUACAGCCUCUCCCAGCCCAGGUACUUCUGCAAGGGUUGCCGGAGGUACUGGACUCAGGGAGGCUCUCUCAGGAAUGUCCCAGUGGGAGGUGGAUGCAGGAAGAACAAGAGAUCCUCCUCUUCCUCUUCCACUUCCCCUUCCUCGAAGAAGUCGCAAGAGCAAGACCUCACCUCAACCCACUCCAACCCACUACUCCCUACCCUCAUCCCCCCACCUCUUUCAUAUGAUCCAACUGACCUCACCUUCUCUUUUACUGGACUUCCAAAGCACCCACUCGCGAAGCAGUUUGGCCUGGAAGACAAUAACCAUGACGCUGACCCAAUGCCAUCUGCUCCAACCCCAACAAAUGGUGGUUUCCUUGACAUCCUGAGAACUGGUUUUGUUGACAUCACAAGCCCAAGCGGCUUGAGCAACAACCUUUACUAUAGCUAUGGAAUCCAUGGCGGUCUGGAGAUGGCAACUGGUGUUAGUAGGGAAGAGGGAGGACUCAGUGGCGCAACAGCAAGUGCAACAACUAGCCAAGGGUCAUGCAAAGCCAUGGAUGGAGGGGAUAACAAGGUGCGGACAGGUCUUCCAUGGCAGGAUGGAAACAUGGAUGCUUCAAAGGAUUGCUGGGAUGGUUUUGGUUCUUCUUUGCAGGGACUAAUCAAUAGCUCUGGGCUGUAAGAGGUGCAAUUAUAGAGGACCAUAUCCUUCUCUCUUUAAACUCUGGAAAUGAUGCAAAAAUCUCUUGUAUGGUCGAUGAGAGAGUAAUGAUCCAAUAAUUAUACACCAAAA